AUGGCAUCCUUCGGGCCUUCCGUGCCCUUGCUGCGAAGCUUGUCUCCCCGGCUGUCGAGGGAGCUCUUCACCUGCCGCCAAUGUUUGAUCCGUACCCAGAACUUCGCGACUAAGUCCGCCUUCCGCAGACAAUUCUCCGCCUUGCCCUUCGCCCAGAACACCAACAGCAGAGCCAACUCUGCCCUGCAGUCCAGGGCCAGAAAGCUUUUUGCGUCCAGUCUGAGAAGAAAUGUUUCCGGAUCAGCAGCGCCGGAGGCAAUUGCUGCCCAGGAAGGAGCCGCGAAAGCCAAGUCUAGCUUUCCGGAUGUGAGCGACAAGAAAGUGGCCUACUGGCUGCUGGCCAGCGCGGCCAGUGUGUUUGGCAUUGUCGUUUUUGGCGGCCUUACCAGACUGACUGAGUCAGGGUAUGGUCUUCUCCUCCAUUUGCUAAGUUGCAGACCAAUGCUAACGCAGCCAUCUUGUAGUCUGAGUAUCACCGAAUGGCGCCCUGUCACCGGAUCCCUCCCCCCAAUGAACGCUGAAGACUGGGAGUCGGAAUUCUCCAAGUACCGUGCCUCUCCCGAAUUUCAACUCCUGAACCCGCAUAUGACCCUCUCCGAAUUCAAAUCGAUUUACUACAUGGAAUGGAUCCACCGUCUUUGGGGCCGCUUUGUCGGCCUGUCGUUCGUGCUCCCGGCCGCAUACUUCGUUGCCACGAAAAAGGUCAGCAAGCCCAUGUCUCUGCGCCUCGCUGGUAUUGCGGGCUUGAUUGGAUUCCAAGGUUUCAUCGGUUGGUGGAUGGUCAAGUCUGGUUUGAAGGAUGAUCUGUUUGCUCCCGGUAGCCACCCUCGUGUCAGCCAGUACCGUCUGACGGCGCAUCUGGGUGCAGCUUUCGUCUGCUAUACUGCUAUGCUCUGGAACGGACUUGCCAUUCUGCGCUCCCACCGUCUGCUCGCGGACCCGGAAGCUGGAAUCAAGCUUCUGGACUCGCUUCGUGACCCUAAGCUCAAGAUCUUCCGUCGCUCCGUUGCCGCUUUGGCUGCUUUGGUUUUCGUGACUGCCAUGUCGGGUGCCCUGGUCGCUGGCCUGGAUGCUGGUCUCAUCUACAACGAGUUCCCGUUCAUGGGUAAUGGCCUGGCUCCUCCUAAGUCUGAACUGUUUGAUGAACGCUACUCUCGCCACGAGGACCGGUCGGACCUCUGGUGGAGGAACAUGUUGGAGAAUCCUUCCCUGGUGCAAUUGGACCACCGCACCUUGGCCAUGACUACCUUCACGAGCAUCAUGGCUCUUUGGGCCUACACUCGCAGAUCCCCCACCAUGAAGCGCCUCUUGCCCCGCGCUGCGAAGAAGGGUGUCCACGGUGUGGUCGCUUUCGCCUGCAUGCAGGUUGGUCUUGGUAUCUCGACUCUUCUUUACCUUGUUCCCACGCCUUUGGCCUCUGCCCACCAGGCGGGCAGUCUGUUCCUUCUUACCUGGGUGCUUGUCUUGGGAAGCCGUGUCUGGCACCCGUCUAGGACGGCUAAGCUGCUUCAGAUGGCAGCCAAGGCCCGUGGGCAGGCUCUCGCUAAUGCCGCGGCCCAUGCUCCCCGGAGAGUUUGA